AUGAAUUGUAACUCUUCUAUUCCUUUAGUUUAUGCUGAUAAUAAAGAAAUUGAACAACAACAAAGAAUGAUUGAAUCUAUUAACCAAAUUAAUGUCAUUUCACAAAAUAUUAACAAUUCAAUUAAUAAUCAAAUCACUUUGGUUAAACAGCGUAUUGAAUCAUUACAACAACGAACAACAAAAAUUCAGAAUAAGUUAAAAGAAAUUACUGGAAGUCCAAAGGCAAUUACUGUUUUUACUCCAAAUAAAUCUCCAAAUUUGAUUAUUACACCUAUUAAACUACUUGAACCUCCACAAAUUCAAAUUCAAUACAAACAAAAUAUUCCUUCAAAACCAAUGCAAUUGAAUCAAAACAAAAUACUUGUUUCAUUGAGUAAAUAUUCAAUUAAUAAUCCAUUAAUUCAAAAAGAAUCUACUCAUUUUCUUGUUCCAACUCAAAUUCAAUCAAUAGGAAGUUUGUUAUUAUUUAAUAGUGGAGUAAAUGUUUAUGCUGAUUAUUCUAAUUGCGAUAAUACUAAAAAACUUCAUUCAAUUUCUUCUUCUGUUUUAAAAAAUGAAACGAAAGAAGAACAAAAUGACAGUUUAAGUGAAUUAAAUGAAUUUAAUGCUAUUCAAACUGAUGAUGGGUUUGGUUAUAGACCAACUCUAGACAAACUCCCUGAACUUUCUUUACCUAGUAAUCUUCCUAAAUUAUCAAAUAUCGCUGAAUUAUCUUUCAGAGGCUCUUCUCCUCUUCUCUCCAUUGCUCCUUCAGUUGAUUUACCUGAUAUUGAUUUAGACAAUGACUCGGAUGAUGAAGACAUUGAGUCAAAUACACCUUUAUCUAUCCCACCACCUCCUCCAUCUCUAUCUAUCUCCCAGCCAUCCUCUUCGUUCAAUCCACCACCACCUCCUCCUCAAAUAACUACUUCAAUACAACAACCUCCACAAAUUGUUCCACCUCCACCAAGUACAAUACCAAAUACACCACAACCAAAAGACAUUACUCCGGAAGCAAAGUCUGCAAUUCAAUGUGGUGGAAUGGGUGGAUUAUUGGAACAAAUUAGACAAGGAAAAAAAUUGAAGAAAGUAGAAACAGUAGAUAAAUCAUCGCCUAAAGUAGGUAAUAAUUCUGAUCCAAAGAAAUCUACGUCAACUGGUGGAAAUGAUUUGAUGGAAGCACUGAUGUUAAAGUUGAAAACAAUGAGAGCAAAUUCAAAUUAUGAUGCUACAGAUAAUGAUGGUGAUGAUUCUGAAGUUUGGGAGUAAAUGGAG